GAGAGAAGCCACAAAUCUUACCGUCCUUUAACAGUAUUGACAUUUCGCUUAAAUUAUCUGUUCAGUGAACUGAAGCCAAUGUCAUAUCAUCUCCUAAAUCUGAUUUUUCAUGCUGUGGUUAGUGUGAUAUUUCUUAAAGUCUGCAAACUUUUUCUAGACAACAGGAGUAGUGUGGUUGCUUCUUUACUUUUUGCUGUGCAUCCAGUACACACAGAAGCAGUAACAGGUGUUGUAGGAAGAGCAGAACUUUUGUCAUCUAUCUUUUUUCUAGCUGCAUUUUUGUCGUAUACCAAAUCAAAAGGAUCAGAUAAUUCCAUAGUGUGGGCUCCAAUUGCAUUGACAGUAUUUUUAGUGGCUGUUGCAACAUUGUGUAAAGAACAAGGAAUAACAGUGGUGGGAAUUUGCUGUGUGUAUGAAGUGUUUAUUGCCCAGGGGUAUACUUUGCCAUUAUUAUGCUCUACUGCUGGUCAGUUUCUCCGUGGAAAGAGUAGUAUUCCGUUUUCUAUGCUGCAGACACUAAUAAAACUCAUUGUCCUGAUGUUUAGUACACUAUUACUAGUUGUGAUCAGAGUCCAGGUUAUUCAAUCCCAGCUUCCAGUAUUCACUAGGUAUGAAAUUCUGAUUCUUUUUUUUAUUGAGAGAGGAAUGUUGAAACCUUUGACCGCACUUUGUUUAAUGGUGCUACCAUUUAUUCCUGCAUCAAACCUUUUUUUUCCAGUUGGAUUUGUUGUUGCUGAGCGAGUAUUGUAUGUUCCUAGCAUGGGGUUCUGUAUUUUGGUAGCCCAUGGAUGGCAGAAAAUAUCAAAUAAAAGAUACAGGUUCUUUGAAUUGCUUUUAAAAAUGAAUAAACCUCUCAAAGCAAAGGAAGCAUAUCUUAAAGCACUAGAGCUGGACAGAAAUAAUGCAGAUCUUUGGUACAACUUGGCAAUUGUUCUUAUUGAACUUAAAGAACCAAAUGAAGCUCUAAAGAACUUUAAUCAUGCUUUAGGCCUAAAUCCAAAGCAUAAGCUAGCGCUUUUUAAUUCUGCUAUAUUAAUGCAAGAAUCAGGUGAGGUUAAACUCAGACCUGAAGCUAGAAAACGACUUCUAAGCUAUAUAAAUGAAGAACCACAAGAUGCUAAUGGUUAUUUCAAUUUGGGAAUGCUUGCUAUGGAUGACAAAAAGGACGCUGAAGCAGAGAUUUGGAUGAAGAAAGCCAUAAAAUUACAAGCCGACUUCAGAAGUGCUUUGUUUAAUCUGGCUCUCCUGUAUUCUCAGACUGCAAAGGAAUUAAUGGCUUUGCCAAUAUUGGAAGAGUUACUCAGAUACUACCCAGAUCAUAUCAAGGGUCUCAUUUUAAAGGGAGACAUUCUGAUGAAUCAAAAGAAGGAUAUACUUGGAGCCAAAAAAUGUUUUGAGAAAAUUUUGGAGAUGGAUCCAAGCAAUGUGCAAGGAAAGCACAAUCUUUGUGUUGUUUAUUUUGAAGAGAAGGAUUUAUUGAAAGCUGAAAGAUGCCUGGUUGAAACGUUGGCAUUAGCACCACAUGAAGAAUAUAUUCAACGCCAUUUAAAUAUAGUCAGAGAUAAGAUUUCCUCAUCUAGUUUUGUAGAACAGCCAAUAUUCCCAACUGGUGAGACUUCAGGUAUCAAAGGAGACAAAAUUCCAACUGAAAAUAUAAAAGAAGUCAGAAGUGAGCCCAAGCCCACACAGACCAUAAAAGCAAGUGAUGAUAAAGGUCAGUCGAAAUCCAACACACAACUAGGAGAAAAUGCAGACAAAGAGACCCCCCACAAAACAACAAAAGAAAUCAAAGACAUUGAGAAGAAAAGAGUUGCUGCUUUAAAAAGACUAGAAGAGAUUGAGCGUAUUUUAAAUGGUGAAUAGUAUUACUAUUUAUCAUGUUAAACAGUGGUAUCAAAGAACUUCAGUCUGUAUCAUGUGAUUGUACUGGGAGCUUUGAAAAAUAGCAAGAAUACGUAACAGUCUAUCAUGAGUUUCCUUUACAUAGGAUCAA